CUCACACUCGCACGCACACGCACACGCUCCUCCGGCCCCGCCAUGUUCCUGGAGGCGGCGGCAGGCGAGCCCCAACAGCCCCGGUGUGAGGCACCCGCGUUGAGGCCAGCUCACGGCCCUCCGCCCGGCCCCCGCCCCGCCCUGCGCGGCGCCUCCGCCCAGCUGGCUACUGCCACCUGCGCCGCGGCCCCUCGGGACGCCCCAGGAGGGGCGGCGGCGGCGGCGGGCGGGGCCCCGGCGGACACGGCGGACCCGCGCCGGGGGGCACAAACGGCCUGUCACUGUCAGGCGCGCCGCGGCUCGGGCCAGGCCGGAUGGGCGGCACGCCAGGCCGGGGAGGGCGGGCACGGCGCGUCUCCUACCUUGCUCUGGGGAGGAGGAACGGGAGCAGCGCAGAACUGAGGGGGUCUCCUCCCAGGCGCCGGGGAAAGGCUCGAAACCGCGCCCCUCCUUCCUCCUUUCCUGUCGCCACGCCCCCCUCACCCGCACGGACCCGAGACAAGGCCGGCGCAGGAGGCUUCACCCCCGGAACGAGUGCCUCGGCGUGGCCGUCGCUGUCCUUGUCUUCGUCGCCGCUGCAAACGCCUGUAACGCCGCCGGAGCCGGGCUUGAAAACAUCUCCGGUCUCGGUCCGUCUCUCACCACAGCCUCCUCGCUCCCAGGACAGCGCCAGCCCGCGAUUGGCUGCGGCGCGAGCACGUGACACCUGCGGACACGUGACUCCCGCGGGCACGGGACGGGCGGCGUGACCGCCCCGCUCCCCCGGCGCCCGCUCCUCCUGCCGCUCCGCGAGGCUCCGCAAGCCGCAGGGCGGGGGAGCAGGACGUACCAAGCAGCAAGCGACGGAGGGGUGCGGGCCGGAACUCCGCCCUACGUGCUGGUUUGUCUCCCCACCCUACCCGGGUUAGUGUCACCGCCUCCCCUCCUCAGACACCAUCCGACAAAGGAGGGGAAAUCAAAGACUAGGCGAAGAGGCUAGGCAGACGCCGCAGACGCUGCCCGGCCAGCGGGCUCUGCAGUAGCGUUCGUGGCGACCGUGGCAGUGGCUGUGACUGGAAACUUCUGGAAAUGGCGGCGGAGAUGAAGACCCCACAUAGGGUAUUCACCCGUUACUUUUGCACCGGGUGGGUGGACAAGCGUGAUCCAACUGAGACAAAACGACGCUGCCACUUUAGCUCGAGAACUAGGUGAAGUUUCCCCGCUAAGCCGGCGGCGGCCGCCUGGCCCAGCGCCGUGCCGAAGCCGCACCUGCGCCCAGAGCCCGCGGCCCCCCUGCGCCAGGUUGGAGCCCUGGGCCCCGCCCCGAAAGCUGGUAGCGUGCUCUUGCCCCGGGACUACGGGAUCUGGAGCGCGUCCCUUCCCAGGCACGCCUUCCAGUGGGCUUUGUAAAGAGGAAUUCGGUUUACUUUCACACAUGUAGUGUUGGGAGCUUGAGAGGGAGCCGCUCAGGCACUGGGAAGGGUGCCUCAGGAAAACUGACCGUCGCAGCGUGGCAGCAGCGUGUACUCACUCCCUUCUGGGCGCGUGUUCUUUACCAGAGAUUAAUCUGCAACAGGUUUUAAAUGCUUCAGUUUAAGGUGUUAACGUACUCGGCGGGAAACUGUUUUCUUCCGUUAAACUACAGCAUCCCUUUAUGACUUAGUGCAUGCAGUUCCAAGUUUAUGUUAGACUGUCCUUAAACGUCUUGAUGACUGAGGGUUCAGAUGUGUUCACAGCAAAUGAAGUGACAUUCUGACUUGACAAGGACGGCAUAAGUAUCAACCUGCAUUGAAGAUCAGUUUUUCCUUUCGUAGGUUCCUGAUUUAUCCCACCUAAAAAUCAUUAGGGUCAACAAGACUAGAAAGAGAGCCCCUUAUGGCUAUUGGUGGAAUAGUGUUACAUUUAAUUUGGUUAUUUAUGAUGUGAAAUACAAAGAAAAAAAUAGUCGCCUAUGAGAAAGUCAAGAGAGCUCUAGGAUAGAAGGAAGACAUUUUCAUUGUUACUUACUUGUGCCACUUGGAAAAUUACUGUUUACCUUCUCUCAAUAAAAAAAAAAAAAAUUCUUAAAGAUAUACUUAAAAACAAUCAUUAUAGUCAAGCGUGGUCACUC